UUGUUUUUGUGAAUUACAACCGUAUUGCACCAUUUUGUUUAACAUUGGUUAUUGUGUAAUUUUGCGUUUCAAUUUUUGAUUAUUUUGUACCUACCUAUUUUUUGUAACCUUGUGACGAGUACACUGCGAAAAGCAAGAAAGACAUAAGACAUAAGACAAUGGGGAAUAAUAAGAAAUUUUCCAAAGCAGGCCAGAGGGAAAAGAAAGAUAACCAGGCGCAGCAGCAAACUGGCUCUUUAUCUCAACAGCAACCACCAGCAGGCAAACAGAGACCCCAGCCAUCGUCACAUUCCGGUCGAGGUAUUGCUUCCGUUUCAGAAAGGCAACCACAACCUGCAGCCGCAGCUGGGACACAAGGAGGCGGAAGUAGAGAUAAAAAACCGUCACAGUCCGGUCGAAGUGAUGGUUCAAGACGACAACCACAAGCGGGCUAUGCUGGGAAGCAGCAAAAACCUGAGCAGACAAAAGCGCAUCAAGAGGUUUCACUUACAGAUUUUGUCGUACCGCUGAGAAAACAGUUGAAAUCUGGAGGUACGAAAGGACGAGCGAUUACCAUAGAAACCAAUCACUUGGCUCUAAUUUUGAAAGAUUUCAAGCCUGCAAUUCACUACGAUGUUGCAAUUGAGCCGGACAAACCCAAGAAGUCGAUGAGGGCAGUUAUGGAGCAAUUUCGCAUGGACAACUAUCCAAAGCGUUAUCCGGCGUUCGAUGGGGUUAGGAAUUUGUACAGCUCGUCUCUUUUACCUUUCGGACAUGAAAUAAUGGGAGACGUAACAAUUAAUGUUAAUGAGAAAUCGAAAACGUAUAAAGUUAAAGUGAAGUUUGCAGCAGAAGUGGAUCUGCAACGUUUAGUCGAUUAUUUUGAGUCCACUGCUCCUGCAAAUAUUCACAUGGUGACGCCCCAAGAAGCGAUUCAAUGCUUGGACAUUAUAUUGAGAAGUGCUCCGGCUUUGAAUUGUAUACCAGUUGGGCGAUCAUUUUUCACAAAACCAAAUAGACUAAUUGAUCUCGGGGAAGGUAUGGAAAUAUACAAUGGCGUCUAUCAAUCGGCUGUGCUCGGCUGGAAAUCAUUUUUGAAUGUAGAUGUUUCGCACAAAGCGUUUCCAAAAACUAUGAAUGUCGUGGAUUUAGUUGAACAAGUGUGUGGUAGUUACUACAAACGGGAAAAUUCAUUGACUCGCCAGAAUUAUAAGGUAGUGAAUAACUUUAUGAAAAUGCUAAAGAUUGUCUAUAUGAUUCCAAAUCAACCAAACUCGAAGCGCAUAGUGAGAGUCAAUGAGUUGGACAGACCGGCCAGCGAAGCAUGGUUUAGAAAUGAAGAGAACAUAGAAAUGACUGUAGCAGAUUAUUUUGCUAAUGUAAAACAGGCCCGUUUGACUUAUCCGCACUUGCCUUGCUUGUGGGUUGGCAGUAGACAACGGCAGCCAAAAAUACUGUUACCGAUGGAAUUUUGUACAAUUGAAGCUAAUCAAGUUACCAAUCGGAAAAUGACUUCGAAUCAAACAUCAAAAAUGAUAAAAAGUGCUGCAACGUCUACAAUAAUCAGAAAACAAAAAAUUAUGGAUGCGGUGAGGCAAGCGAAUUACAACAGUGACCCCUGUGCUACAGAAUUUUCAAUAUCCGUAAAUGCAGACUUCACAGAAGUUCCGGCAAGAAUUUUAGAACCGCCUUCUAUUCGGUAUAAAAAUAGUUCCGUAAAAGUACAAGAAGGCAAAUGGGGAGCUGGCAAGUUCUGUACAUCUAAUCAACUACAAAAUUGGACUGUGCUCACAAUUGCAUACCAUGAAGAAGAGCGUACAAAACUGCCAGCACCUGAGAAGUUCAGCGAAAUGAUGGUAAAUCAAGGAAGAUUCUUAGGGAUGACGGUUGUGCCUCCAAAAAUUGCGAUGGUACGCAUACAACGUCCGAAAGAGAAAGAGACGAUAGAGGCUAAGUUCAAUGAGCUAAGCGAUCAGCAACUGAUACUAGUUAUAAUACCCGACCAAAAACAGAUCUACAGUUAUGUUAAACAAGCUGCAGAAAUCAGUGUUGGCGUUAUGACCCAAUGCGUGAAAAGGAAAAAUGUUUUCAGCCCACAAUCGUCAACUGUACGAAACCUUCUUCUGAAAGUCAACGCGAAAUUAAAUGGAUUGAAUCACACACUUCUCGAACCUCCUCGGUGUUUGAUGGAACCUUGCAUGAUCAUGGGAGCGGAUGUGACACAUCCUGGUCCCGACAGCAGGGGAAGUGAACCAAGCGUAGCUGCUGUCACAGCGUCUCACGAUUCUUAUGCGUUUAAAUAUAACAUCACCUGUCGAUUACAGCAAUCGACGCAAGAAAUAAUUAGCGAUUUAGCGAAUAUCGUAAAAGAACACGUGACCUUCUACGAAAAGGCCAACAAGAUAAAACCGAAGCGAAUUAUAUUUUUCCGUGACGGUGUGUCGGAAGGCCAAUUUGAAAUUGUUGUUAAUUCCGAAGUCCAGGCCGUUCGUCAAGGAUGCGCGAUGGUGGAUCCUUCCGGAAACUAUAAGCCCCAGCUUACGUUUUUGGUAGUUCAAAAGCGACACCACACGCGAUUUUUUCCGAGCCCAGGGGACAGCGAAGAUAAAAAUUGCAAUGUGCCUGCCGGUACAGUCGUCGAUACAGAAAUUACCCAUCCGACGGCCUUAGAUUUUUAUUUAGUUUCGCACGCAAGCAUUCAGGGCGUCGCAAGACCCACGAAAUAUCGAAAGCUAUGGGACGACAAUGACAUGCAAGAGGACGAGCUGGAGGAGCUAACGUAUCAUUUAUGUCAUCUAUUCGCACGUUGUACGCGAUCCGUUAGUUAUCCAGCACCAACCUAUUAUGCCCAUUUGGCAGCGGCACGUGCUAAAAUUUACUGUGAAAAUAAGAGCAUUGAUAUGAACAACUUGGCACGCUCCAAAGGGUUAUUAGCCGUCAAGGAUAACAUUAUAAAAGACACACCAAUGUAUUUUGUUUAAUCUACUUACAAAAUCAGGAAUGAAAAUGGCUACUCGCACUCGGCAUUUUGAAUUAAGGAGAAUGGAGCUUUUUCUCUAUGAUUGGUCAAGUAAGGAUCAUAGCGCCUCUGCCAUCUAGACCACUUGAUUGAAAAUAAAUAUAAAAUCUAAAUUUCAAAAUAUUUACCUACAUUAAAAAACCCCGCAUUCAUUUACAACCCUUUCCAUAAUAGCAAAUUAAAUGUUAAUUUUAGGCCAAAAUAAAAUACUUCGGUUGUUCUGGGA